AUGCCAAAACGAAAGCUACAAUACUUAUCAUUACGUGAAAAACUGAAGUUAAUAUCCGUUUAUGAAAGUGGGAAGACACGCGAAGAAGUUUGUGCCGAAUUUAAUGUGCCAAAAUCGACUCUUUGUAGAAUAAUUCAGAGUAAACAUAAAAUUGAAUCACAAUGUUCUGAAGGACAAGGCAAACUAAAACGUGUACGUUUAUCAGAAUAUCCUGAACUUGAACAGUGUUUGCUAACAAGGGUCAAGCAACUUCGUAACAAAAACGUUCCGGUAAGUGGACCGAUGAUUAAAGAAAAGGCACAAGAUUUCGCGCGAAGACUCGAUAUUCAUAAUUUUUGUAGCAGCAAUGGUUGGAUGGAAGGGGUUAAGAAAAGAAACGGUGUAGUUUUCAAAGCAAUUUGUGGAGAAAGUAACGCCGUUGAUGUGAACAAAUGUAGCCAAUGGAUUGAAGACCUACCACUUCUAUUACGCAAUUAUUCUGCUGAUGAUGAUAUUUUUAACGCAGACGAAGCGGGUUUAUUUUAUAAGUGUCUACCCGAUAAAACUUUUACCUUAAAAGGUGAGUCUUGUCAUGGCGGGAAACUUAGUAAAGAGCGCAUUACAAUACUUCUAGUUGCUAACAUGUCAGGAACUGAAAAGUUGCCUAUCCUAUUAAUCGGAAAAUCUAAGACUCCGCGAUGUUUCAAAGGUGUUAAAACUUUGCCUGUGAAUUACCAAAAUAAUAAGAAGGCAUGGAUGACAUCCAUUAUUUUUUCUGAUUGGUUGAAGAAUUUAAACCAAGAAAUGAAAGCCCAGAAGCGAAAAAUUUUAAUGUUUGUGGACAAUUGUACUGCUCACAAUAAUAUGCCCGAGCUAAGCCACAUUAAACUCGUGUAUCUGCCUGCCUGCGAAUACGACAAGUAA